GCAGUUCGAUUUUGUUUGUCAAGUCGAGAAUUAACCCUUUCGUCAUCAUGCUGAAGCUGGUACUCCUCCUCCUCGCCGCUCUCCUGGCCGUUGCCAUGGCCGUUCCCGCUCCGGGACCCAGUCCAAAUCCCGCCCCGGUGCCACAGUUUGUCUACUCCGCCGGCUAUCCGGCCGUGGGAUACGCCUCCCCGUACGUCUACUACGGCUGAACUCAAUAUCCGGAUUCACCGAAUCAAACCCUUUCGACAUGGACAUGGACAAGCAGUUUGAUUUACUUUAUACAAAAACUUUGGUAUAUAUUUCAUUUCUGAAGAACAAUAAAUAAAUUGAAAUCAUACAAUUCAAACUCU